AGUAGACUAGGGGAGAGGGUGGAAGUGUAGUAGACUAGGGGAGAGGGUGGAAGUGUAGUAGACUAGGGGAGAGGGUGGAAGUGUAGUAGACUAGGGGAGAGGGUGGAAGUGUAGUAGACUAGGGGAGAGGGUGGAAGUGAAGUAGACUAGGGGAGAGGGUGGAAGUGUAGUAGACUAGGGGAGAGGGUGGAAGUGUAGUAGACUAGGGGAGAGGGUGGAAGUGUAGUAGACUAGGGGAGAGGGUGGAAGUGUAGUAGACUAGGGGAGAGGGUGGAAGUGUAGUAGACUAGGGGAGAGGGUGGGUGGUAGUGUAGUGGGAGGAGGAAGUACAAAACUGCCAACUCCGUCUCGACAUAAUUUAAUGUAAUCUCUGGUGCACACACUUGUAGGGGACAUGCCAAAUUUCACCCUAUUCCCUAUAUAGUGCACUAGUUUUGACCAGGGCCCUAUUCCCUAUAUAGUGCACUCCUUUAGACCAGGGCCCCUAGGGAAUAGGAGGCCAUUUUGGACGGAAACCUUGGUGGGAGAGGCGACUGGCCUCUUCAGAACCAUCUGCUCUACUGAAUUACAAUUUCAACAAAUUACUUUUUUUUAUAGAGUUUGACACAAUAUAUUUCUGAAUAGCGGAAAGAUACUUUAAAGGUUUCUUAUGAUGAAUGUAGCAAUCCUAUAUUUUAUUACAGUCUGUGCUGGUAUGUAGACAAUUGAUACAAAGGUAAUAACCUUUUACUUUAAUAUAGAUUGAUUUAUUAAAUUAUUAUUUGUAGAGUACAGAUCACUUUUGAAUCUGUAAUAUAACUUACACCAGGUGUUUUCAUUCUGCCAAUUCUGUUGCAAAAUAUUUUGUUUUUCUAAAGGAACGAAAAGAGGUGAGAUUUACCUGAAUUUUUCCCAAUGAAUUCCAAACAGUUGCAAAACGUUCUGUUGUGCAACAGAAUCGACGGCAUGAACACACCCCAGGGCCAGCCCUGGCGCUGGAGGGCAGAAAGCGCUAAUUUAACCGACCUGGAAGACCAGGUGUGUUGAUUUUUCGGCAAAUCACUGAACUGAUCAAUUCACUCAGUUGGUCUGGUGAGGUGUCUAGUUGGAACAAAAUCCUACAGGACCUGCUGCACUCUGGGAUCAGGGUUGCCUACACACCUCUCUGCCAAUUAUUUAGCUAUUUGUAAAUUUGUUCUAAAAUUAUAUUGAAUAGAGAUUAUUAGUCAAUUUAUCUAAUGUAAUCUAAAGAUUGUAGCCUGUCACAUUUUUUCCUUAAGUGCCCUUAACCUAAAUGAUGAUGGUUUCCUUAUGUUUUCCCACUAACUAUAGAACAUUGAAACAUAUCAGUGGGGAACUGUAGGGGGGCCUUCUAGGCUUUCAGAGAAGGCCCAAAGAUUUAUAAAAAGGUAUAUCUUUAAAAAAAAAUCUAUUUUAUCUGUACAAUCAUUUUGUGGUCUGCUGAUUUCAACUCUUCAAUUUGAUGGAAAGAGAAGGGUUAAUAGCGAAGAGCGAAAAUAUCUAAUCUGGAUAUUCUAUGGUGGUUUCUGGGUAGAAAAAUGUAGCUAGCUCAAUCAACCAUUGGCUGAGCCAUCAGACGCUGGACAGAAGGGCCCUGCCAUUUAACGCAAUAGACCCCUUUCUGUGUUUGCAAACAUUGCCGCCGCCGUCAGGACAAAGGGGAGGUCUUUUAUAGAACGACAGCGGAUAAAGCCUUCAUUUACAUGUUGCUUAUGAGUGCAUUUCACAAUACUUUUGAAUUAUAAUUGGAUGUCCAGCUUAAUGUUUAAUCGUCUCAAGUCAACUGCAUUUAAUUUUUAUUAACUGCUCAACUUCAGCCAUUAAAAUGGAUCCCUGGCUAGCUUUAGCUACAACUGCUGCAUACAAAAUUUGUUAUUUUGUAAAGAUCACAACCAAAUAUAAAGUGUAUGAGAAACUCAAAAAAUAUAUUUAGUUUUAAAGGAGAAUUUUUUUUUGACCGAUGAAUGAAACGAAUCACUUUUUGACACGCAUGGGUUUUAGAAAAAGUGAAAAAUAAUGCCUCUUUUUUUAAAGCUCGUUUGCUGUUAGCGUUUUCUUUUGAAACAGAUUAUUGCAUUUCAACUUUAGAUCACUGAUUGGUGUGAUAAAAUACAGUAUAUUUUUAAUGGGGAAGUAGUAGCUGAUUUGUUUAUCAUUUUGGAAAUGAAAUGGUUGUGCUUUUGUAUAGGUAUGAUUUCAUGUGGGCUACUGCAGUGAAUGGGAUGCUUAUUCUGUAACAUUAUCUGAUGCUGUGUGUGACUCCUGUAUCAGCUUUGUCUGUGUUUGACCAAAACGGGCUCUUCUUCAUCGACCAUUGAGUGCCCAGGUAUUACGGCCGCGGUCCUUUCAGCACCAUGCGCCUGUCACCUUGGUGACAAUACUGUUGUCGCUAUUGGUGCUAGUGGUGUUCUUCGGCUACCAUGUUAUGCUGUGUGUCACGUGUCCAUGACUGUAGUGUUUCCAUGUGCAGCAGCCUGAUGCACAGCCAGGCCUGUUUUGAUUCAUUCAUGUCAUCAAAAAGUUUUGCUCCUCCACUAGAACCUGAACGGUCCGACUACAGAAGAUAAAAUCUCUGCACAUUAAGUGAUGCUGUGUUUUCUGUUUAUUUGAGUUUGAUACAACAUAUUUCAAUAUUUUUGGUUCCUCCUGAAGGCCUUGGUCCUAUAUUCAUGGUUCGCCACUGAAGCAACAUAUACAUUGCAAUAUUAUAUCGUUAAUAGUAUAUCUGACAAUUAGCCUCCAAAUAGUUUGUUUUUAAAUCAGCCCAGUUAUUGUCCAUCAUGCAUUUUAUAUAUAGAUGGGUCAAUUUUAAAUAUGAAAAUAUCAAAUGAACUCAUGUUUGUCCUUUAUUUAAUGAUAAUUUUUCUGUCCAUUUUCUAAUGAUAGACAAUCAAACCUGUCAUCUAGUUACUCAGCUUCUAGAAAGAAGAUUCACUUUUGGCUUAUUUUGCCUACAAACCAUGCUUGGUCUGUCUGACCAUUUUUGAAUAAUGCAUGUCUAUAGUUUCUCAGUGUCUUGUCGAUUCAAGAAAUAUCCGAUUUUGAGAGUUUGCCUGUAUUGGUGUUAAAUAUUUAGUUUACAAACCCGAUAAAAGCCUUACUGGAAUUCAUAGCUUCCCUUUUUAGACACCACUCACUCCCUUUGAAGAAGCGACGCUCCUUUUGACGCCCUGUCCUCUACGUGUUGCAUUUCCGACCGACCGACCGCAACUCACCCUGGAGAGAGGCAACUUUUCAGGCCGCCUACAGACGCUCCUCUCCGGCAGAGAAGCGCAACCUACGCACCAAGCUACCCUGUUUCUGGGGGCGGGGUCGACAGUCGGUCAUUCAUCCGAUGUAAAUACUACACAUCUGUGAGUGCGUUUUAUUUCUGAAAACAUUGGAUAAACCAAGCGCACCGUCAAUCUACGAGAGCAGGUAAGGGGGUGCCAUGCCAGCUGCUGUUCCCCCUCUGCUCCCCCUCGCCACCUGCUGGUGGUGUCUGGUACUGCUGCAGCUUCCACAGGCCCUGACCCAGCCCCAGCUGGACCCUAACCCAGAGAAGGCCUCUCCCGCUGGGCAGGCCUUCCCUCGCCUCUCCCUGGAUGGAUCUCCCCUCAACCACCUCCUACUGGACCUCAGGUCUGGUCAUCUGUACGUGGGGGCGGUCAACCAUCUCUACCAUCUCUCCCCUGACCUCCAGGUGCUGUCCUCCAGUCAGACUGGCCCCAAGCUAGACAGUCCUGAAUGCCUGCCCCCCAUAGUCCCCAAGGACUGCCCCACCGCCCGGGUCACCCCCAACACCAAUAAGAUCCUGCUCCUGGAGGAAGGCGUGGACGCGGUGGGGUCAGAGGUCGGGGCAAGGAGCCUGAUCGUGUGCGGGACAUUGUUCCAGGGUAUCUGUGACAAGAGGAGUCUGGGUAAUGUGUCCGAGGUGCUCUAUCAGACGUCCAACCCGGUGGACACGCAGUACGUUGCCGCCAACGACCCCCGCGUCUCCACCGUGGGCGUGAUCUUGAACCAGAAGGGGGUGGGGCUGAUGCUAGUGGGGCGUGGCUACACUAGUAAAGGCCCCAGCGACAUCCCACCAAUCACAACGCGCCGUCUGUCCCCUAGCUCCUCCCCCGCCCGUCAGGCCUUCUCUCAAGACGAAGAAUUAGGGAAGCUGGUCGUCGGGAGCUACUCCGAGUACAACAACAACUUCAUAUCAGCGUUUAACCACAGCGACCACGUCUACUUCCUGUUCUCGCGGAGGGAUAUGUGGCACAGGAAGGAGUACCGGACCUACGUUUCUCGUCUCUGCGCCGGGGACCGGAGCUUCUACUCCUACGUGGAGGUUCCGUUGGAAUGUUCCGGCGGCUACAACCUCGCCCAGGGGGCUUCCCCCGCCGAACACCAGGGGCGGCCGGCGCUGUUCGUUGCCAUGGCGGCGGGGCAGGCGUCGACGCCCACGGCGACCGGUCGCUCGGCGCUGUGUGUUUACGGGAUGGCAGAGCUGGAUGCGGCGCUGCAGAGGGCCCAGGAGCUGUGUUAUACAGAGGGAGGAAGAGGAAGUACGGGACAGGAGGAGGCAUACAUAGAGUAUGAGGUGUCGUCCAAGUGUCUACGGCUGCCCAAGGAUUCGUUGAAGGAGUACCCGUGUGGAGGGGAACACACCCCCAGCCCCAUCGCCUCUGCUGUUCCCCUCUCAGCCACCCCCUCCCUGACCAGGGAAACUCAGCUCACCGCUGUCACCACCACUACCGAGGCCGGCCACACCAUCGCCCUGCUGGGGGAUAAGAAGGGAUGGCUGCAUAAGGUUUUUCUCCAGCCUGACACAACAGGGACAUUGUAUCAGAGUGUAUUGGUGGACCAGGACAGUCCAGUCAACGCUGACCUACUCCUGGACCAGUCUGGACAGAAUGUCUACGUCCUCACUGACAGCAAGGUGUCCAAGGUGGCUGUAUGUCAGUGUGAACAGCAGCCCGACUGCCAGUCCUGUCUGUCUGUCAGAGAUCCUUACUGUGGCUGGUGUGUCCUGGAGGGAAGAUGCACUCGUAGACUGGAGUGUAGUCGUGAGGGCCAGGCCAACCACUGGCUGUGGAGCUGCCAGCCUGCCAACCAGCCUGCCAACCAGUGUGUGACUGUCCAGAGCCUAAAGCCUGCCAUCCAGAGCAGAGAGGAGGAGACUCGGGUGUCUCUAACAGUGGCCCAGCUGCCCACCCUGUCAGAGGAGGAGUCUCUUUCCUGCUCCUUCGGAACCCUCCCCGCUCAGCCAGCCAUCGUCAAGGGAACCACCAUCACCUGUCAAUCACCCCUGCCUGAGCUCCUCCCACCCAGCCCACCAGGAAGUGACCACAUGUCUCUGCGUGUGUCUGUGAUGUUCAGAGACGUGACCAUCUCUAGCAGUGACAUCAUCUUCUACGACUGUCGAGCUGUGGGCCAACUCAACACCACCUCCCCGUGUAUGGCGUGUGUGGGCAGUGUGUGGCCAUGUAACUGGUGUGUUCUGGAUGGGCUGUGUACCCACACCAACAACGGCUGUCCCAGGCAGCACACCAUACACAACUCACUGGAGGAGCAGCUGGAGCCACGGGGUCCAGACUCUUGUCCCUGUGUGUGGGCUCUACAGAGCUCUCCUCUGGUCCCCAUGGGCUUCCUGUCCCCUCUGACCCUACUGGGGAGGAACUUGGACAUGUUUCAGGGUGAGGAGCAGUAUGUGUGUGUCGUGGUUGUGGAAGGGGAGGAGCUUAAACUGAACGCCACCCUGGAGAAAGAUCCGGAAAACAUGACGUACAACUUCACCUGCUCUGCCCACAAGUUCCAGUACCCAGUAAAACAGUUGGAAUAUUCAGCUCCCAUCUAUCUACAGAGAGGCUCCCAUCACAUCGACUCUGCACCCAAUCUCAGACUGCAGCUAUAUGACUGUUCAGUGGGCCAGUCUGACUGUAGCCAGUGCAGAGCGGUGUCGUCAGAGUACGGCUGUGUCUGGUGUGGAGGAGAGUCACCUGGCUGUGUUUACCACCUGUCCUGUACCAGCUCACCUGGGCCCGCCGACGCCUGCCCUCCGCCUCAGAUCAUACAGAUCCAGCCAGUGAGUGGUCCGGUGGAAGGGGGUGUGCUGUUGACCAUCCAUGGGUCUAACCUGGGGAUGCAGUACCAGGACAUCCAGGGAGGGGUGACCGUAGCUGGGGUCAGCUGUCUGCCUCAGCCCCAUGGAUACCUCAUCUCUACCAGGAUAGUGUGUGUGCUCCAGCCCAGUAAACAGGAGACAGAGGGGCCAGUCAUCGUUACCGUGGGAGACUCAGAACCAGGACAGUCACUGCAGACAUUCACCUACCAGGACCCCCAGUUGACUGGUAUAGUCCCUGAUAAGGGCCCUGUAUCAGGAGGGACCAGCCUGACUGUCCAGGGGACUCAACUACUAACGGGACAGAGGAAGGAUCUGACUGCAUACGUAGGACUACAACCCUGCUACAUUGUUGAGGAGGUGAAUGGGACUCACCUGGUAUGCAGGACCAGCCCCAGUAACCAGACAGCAGAGCUGACAGUGAGGGUGCUGUUUGGGAAGGCAGAGAGGAGCGUACCUGGGCAGGUGUUUCACUACAUGGAGGACCCCGUCAUCACCGCAGCAUCGCCUGCUGAAAGCUUCUUUGAGGGUGGGCGGAGCAUAAAGGUGAGUGGGCGUAACCUGGACGUGGUGCAACAGCCAAUGAUCUCCGUGCGGUUGGAGCACAUGGUGGAGAACACGCUGGUCAUGAGAAGGAGGAGAUACGCCAGAAUGUUGGCCAAGAACCACCGGCUUGUCUUCAACAGCACCGUGUCAAAGAAGCAAGAGCGUUGUAUGGUGGUCUCGUCCUUUGAGAUGACCUGUUUGACCCCGCGUGUGACCCAUGACUCCAAGGUCAUGGGGGUGUGGUUUGAGCUGGACAACGUUAAGGUGUCAUUUGAGAGCGUCGCGGGGAAGACGUUCUCUUACUACCCCAACCCUGAGCUGUUCGCUCUGAACAGAGAUGACCCGGACACCCCCUACCGUUUCAAACCUGGAGGGGUCAUCGCUGUAGAGGGUAAGGACCUGACGCGUGCCAUGACUCGUGAAGAGGUGGUAGCCAGGUUAGGUGACCAGGAGUGUGAGGUCAAGACUCUAGACAGCACUCACCUGUACUGUGAACCACCUGAGAAACAGCCAGACAGUCUAGGGAGCAACCAACUGCCCAGCCUGAGGGUGGUAAUGGGGAAGCUGAACGUAGACCUGGGAACAGUGCAGUAUGAUACAGAAGGCCUCUCACCUGUCCCUCUGGCUGCCCAGGUGGGACUGGCUGCAGGGGCCGCUGUGGUGGUCCUAGUGGUUCUGGUUAUCAUCCUCAUGUACAGGAGGAAGAGCAAGCAGGCUCUGAGAGACUACAAGAAGGUGUUGGUUCAGCUGGAGACUCUGGAGAUCAAUGUUGGAGACCAGUGCAGAAAGGAGUUCACAGAUCUGAUGACAGAGAUGAUGGAUCUGAGUAGUGAUGUGGGUGGACCAGGUAUUCCUCUCCUGGACUAUAAGACGUAUGCGGAGCGUGUGUUCUUCCCCGGCCAGAGGGGGGCGCCACUGAGUCAGAACCUGGAUCUGCCAGAGUCCCGCAGACGGACGGUGGAACAGGGCCUGGGACAACUCAACAGCCUCCUCAACAACAGACUGUUCCUUAUCAAGUUCAUCCACACCCUAGAGGCCCAGCAGAACUUCUCCCAGCGUGACCGUGGCUACGUGGCGUCUCUCCUGACCAUGGCCCUGCACGACAAGCUGGAGUACUUCACUGAUGUCAUGAAGACCUUACUGGGAGACCUGGUGCAGCAAUACGUCGCCAAGAACCCCAAACUCAUGCUGCGCAGGACGGAGACGGUGGUGGAGAAGAUGCUCACCAACUGGAUGUCCAUCUGUCUCUACUCCUUCCUCAAGGAGGUGGCUGGGGAGCCCCUGUAUAUGCUGUACAGAGCCAUCAAGUACCAGGUGGAUAAGGGACCAGUAGACGCUGUGACGGGGAAGGCCAAGCGUACUCUGAACGACAGCCAUCUACUCAGAGAGGACAUCGACUACUGCUCUAUCACUCUGACGGUGAUGGUGAAGAGUGGUGUGGAGGUGCAGCCGUGUCCGGUCAAGGUGUUGGACACCGACACCAUCACACAGGUCAAAGACAAGAUCCUAGACCAGAUCUAUAAAGGAGCUCCCUUCUCACAGAGACCUGCUGCAGACUCACUAGACCUGGAAUGGCGAUCGGGACAGGCGGGUCACCUGACACUGUCUGACGAUGACGUCACAGCGAUCGUCCAGGGCCGCUGGAAGAAACUCAACACUCUGCAGCACUACAAGGUGCCUGACGGAGCUACAGUGGCUUUGAUCCCCAGAUCAGCUGCUGUCAUGGGGAUACACCAGGUCUACCAGACUGGAGAGAAGACACCCAUGUUGGAGGGGGAGGGGGAGGAGGGGCUGAGGCUGUGGCACCUGGUGAAGUCCAGCGAGGACCCAGAGAUCCCCAAACACAGGAAGAGCAGCAUGAGAGAGAGGGAGAGAGCCAAGGCAAUACCAGAGAUCUACCUGACACGUCUACUAUCUAUGAAGGGGACGCUGCAGAAGUUUGUAGACGAUGUGUUCGUAGCCAUCCUCAACACCAAGCGUCCUCCUCCCAUCGCUGUUCGCUUCUUCUUUGACUUCCUGGAUGACAUGGCGGAGAAACACGGCAUCGACGACCCCGAGACCGUACACAUCUGGAAGACGAACAGCCUGCCUCUGAGGUUCUGGGUGAACAUCCUGAAGAACCCUCAGUUUGUGUUUGACGUCCAGGUGACCGAUAGCGUGGACGCUGUCCUCUCUGUCAUCGCUCAGACGUUCAUCGACUCAUGCACCACCUCCGAACACAAAGUCGGACGGGACUCUCCAGUGAACAAGCUGCUCUACGCCAGAGAGAUCCCCAGAUACAAGCAGCUGGUUGAGAGGUAUUACAGUGACAUCCACAGUGCAGCGUCUGGCUGUUACCAAGAGAUGAACUCUACUCUAACAGAGCUGUCUGGGAGUUUUGGAUCAGACAUGAACAGUCUGGUGGCUCUGCUUGAGUUGUAUAAGUACAUCAACAAAUACUACGACCAGAUCAUCACGUCUCUGGAGGAGGAUACCGCUGGACAGAAGAUGCAGCUGGCCUAUCGUCUACAGCAGGUCGCCGCCCUGGUGGAGAACAAGGUCACUGACCUCUAACCUCUCACUUCUGACCUGUGACCUAUCGUCUACAGCAGGUCGCUGCCCUAGUGGAGAACCACAGAACGUUACAGCAGAGAACGUGAAACACUCUGAUCCACUUCCUCAUGUUUAUUUUUUCCCCCGGGAUCGAUGCCCACUCUUGGUCUGCAUAUUGUCCCCGCCCGCAGAGGGGGUGCCUCAGAGCCAAACAUCUCACUGGAAAAAUGUAUUCUGGUCGCGGCAGAGUUGUUCCCUCUCUCGCGUGAGCAUGCCAGAAAGGAAACGGCCACUUACACAGAUCGUUUAAAUAAAAUGGCCGGAGUAAACUCUUAUUUAUCCACCAUAUAUGCUUUGUUACGUGUGUGUGUGUGUGUGUGUGUGUGUGUGUGUGUGUGUGUGUGUGUGUGUGUGUGUGUGUGUGUGUGUGUGUGUGUGUGUGUGUGUGUGUGUGUGUGUGUGUGUGUGUGUGUGUGUGUGUGUGUGUGUGUGUGUGUGUGUGUGUGUGUGUGUGUGUGUGUGUGUGUACAUGGUUCUGAAGUUGCUUCCAGAGGCAGUUUGUAACUCGGUAAUGAGUGUUGCAACCGAGGACAGAUGAUUUUUACGUGCUAUACUCUUCAGCACUUGGCGGUCCUGUUCUGUGAGCUUGUGUGGCCUACCACUUUGUGGCUGAGCCGUUGUUGCUCCUAGACAUUUCCACUUCACAAUAACAGCACUUACAGUUGACCAGGAAGCUCUAGCAGGGCUGAAAAGUGACAAACUGACUUGUUGGAACGGUGGCAUCCUAUGACGGUGCCACGUUGAAAUUCGCUGAGUAGGGGCCAUUCUACUACCAAUGUUUGUCUAUGGAGAUUGCAUGGCGGUGUGCUCAAUGUUAUCCACCUAUCAGCAACGGGUGUGUCUGAAAUAUAAUCCCCUAAUUUGAAAGGUGUCCACAUACUGCUGUCUAUAUAUAUGGGUGUAGAGACAGGGUACGUUCCAGGGCGUAUGUAUUGCAGUCAUGCUGCACAGAUGAUCACACCGCCCAUAAUAACCCCCUGAGCUGUACAGGUCGACUGCAACAUGGACGUUCUGUAACGAGCCCACAGUCUAGUCUUAACAGUCCGGUUGACCACUAUAACCGCCGUUGGAGACCUCCACCCAGCAGCUCUCCAGACUAUCAGACUCUCUCAGUACUCAGAUCCACCCAAUCAGACUCUCUCAGUACUCAGAUCCACCCAAUCAGACUCUCUCAGUACUCAGAUCCACCCAAUCAGACUCUCUCAGUACUCAGAUCCACCCAAUCAGACUCUCUCAGUACUCAGAUCCACCCAAUCAGAAUCUCUCAGUACUCAGAUCCACCCAAUCAGACUCUCUCAGUACUCAGAUCCACCCAAUCAGACUCUCUCAGUACUCAGAUCCACCCAAUCAGACUCUCUCAGUACUCAGAUCCACCCAAUCAGACUCUCUCAGUACUCAGAUGGACGGUCAAGUAGUGUGUUUGGUCUUUUUAUUUUUAUUUUUCCUGCAAAACCUUUCUUUAUUAGCUGUAGUUUUGUGAAACUUCUUUAUCUUUGAAUACCAUGAAAUAGAAACUCAAUUUCUGGUGAUGUAUUAAAAUGUUUAAUUUCUUUAAAAUAAAACCUAGCCUGAGUACCAGUCUGUUGGGGUCUGAACCUAGCCUGAGUACCAGUCUGUUACUGCUCUGUGGGGGUCUGAACCUAGCCUGAGUACCAGUCUGUUACUGCUCUGUGGGGGUCUGAACCUAGCCUGAGUACCAGUCUGUUACUGCUCUGUUGGGGUCUGAACCUAGCCUGAGUACCAGUCUGUUAUUGCUCUGUGGGGGUCUGAACCUAGCCUGAGUACCAGCCUGUUACUGCUCUGUGGGGGUCUGAACCUAGCCUGAGUACCAGUCUGUUGGGGUCUGAACCUAGCCUGAGUACCAGUCUGUUACUGCUCUAUUGCCAACACCUUAUUGAAUUGUAAUUUGUCUUUAAAGUGUUGUCUUGCCAAACAGGUGGAGAUGGAAAUGACAGCCAAUCCCUUCUAACACAACCCCCUGGUUGAACCGUAAUACUGACUGAGUCUUAGGAAAUGUAUUUCUGUUUGAUAUAAUCAAAGUUACACCAAAUUAACAGUUAGUAUACUACUACUUAGGCCAAAUAGAUUUCACAACAGGCAGUGGACACUAAAUGUACAGCAAUACGUCUCACAGGUACCAACAAGGGAAUAUAAAGACAAAGGGCAACACCUGGUCUCGCCAGCAGAGGGGGCUGAUGAGGAGUUGAGACGAAUUUGAGUCAUUUUAAAACCAGCGUCGAGCAGGUUGUUCUAUUGAAAAGACUGACACUAUAGAAACUAACUUAUUCUCUGUAAAUAGUGCUCAUUCAUACCAACCAGUGGCGGUCAGUAGAUGCCAUCCUCCCCUUUUUUUCUCUGAGGAGCCUCCACUGAUACCAACCAAUUGUGCCUUCUUCUUGUAACUUUGUAAAUGACUUACUGUGUAGAAUGUUUUUUUUUUGUUGUUUAAACUCGUUUGCCAAAAUGAACUGACAUGGCAAAUCUAGUUUUGAAAUAGUACUGUGGGUGUGUAAUAACAAACGUGUAGGGUAGCGAAACUCCGGGAACUUUCAAUACAUCCACUGUUUUCCCGGUCGGAUGAUUCCUGGAGUCAGAAGGAAAUGAGCAGAAAAUCCAGGAUUUAAACAGGGAAAGGCGGAUCAGACUAUGGAACAGGUGUAUAAAAAGACUGCAGUAGCUCUGCAGAACAAUAGUUAAACUCCCUGAUCUUUACUGUUACAGGUUGACUAAACAGAGUUGGGGAGUAACUGAUUACAUGGAACUGUCAUCAGUUACGUUACCAGCUUUUCUUUUUCUUUUUCAAAAAUGUAAUCAGAUUACUUAUUGGAUUACUUUUUAAUUCAGAAAGGGUGUUUGUGGGAUAAAAGGGGCGAGUUUGAUCCACAUGAGGAGAGUCUGACCACAAAACCACUAUGAUGACCACCAAUCAGAGACCACUAUGAUGACCACCAAUCAGAGACCACUAUGAUGACACAUCAAAUGAUGACCACCAAUCAGAGACCACUAUGAUGACACAUCAAAUGAUGACCACCAAUCAGAGACCACUAUGAUGACAAACCUGUGUUUGCAGGAUCCUUCUUGUCCUCUUCUAAUGCCUCUUAAGGGGAAAGUAAUCCAAAAAGUAACUGAGUUACGUUACUGAUUACAAUGUUUAACAGAUAACUAGUAACAGAUUACAUUCAAAAAGUAACCUAUCCAACUCUGCAAACUGAAAUAUUACCUGUCGGUCUCCUCUGACUCCACAGAUUCAGUAUCGCUAUAGUUACUAUGGUUACCCUUAAUGGUUCCAAACGGCUCCCUAUAUAGUGCACAGCUUUUGAGCGGUUCCCUAGAGUGCUCUCUCGUGGAAGGGAUGAAAAUAAUGAACCUAUGCUAUGGGCCCUGGUCAAAAAUAGGGCCUUGGUCUAAAGUAGUAUCCUAUAUAGGGAAUAGGGCCCUGGUCAAAAGUAGUAUCCUAUAUAGGGAAUAGGGCCUUGGUCUAAAGUAGCGCACUAUAUAGGGAAUAGGGCUCUGGUCUAUAGUAGUGCACUAUAUAGGGAAUAGGGUGCUUUGACACGUUGACCUUUAACCUGGCUCCUGGUUUGACGACGCCAACAUUUAGUUAGUGUACAUAGAGAUCAUGUAUGUAUUUAUUUGGGGUUUGUAAAGUUAUUGUGUGGUUUAUAUUGUUGAAUGGUGAUAUUAAUGAAUUUUAACUCCUUAACGUUGUCUUGUUCCAUAUCCCAACAUUUGUAGCUCAGUAUGUAUGGCUUGAUUUAAAUGGCACCCUAUUCUCGAUAUAUAGUGCACUACUUUUGACCAGAAUAGUGCACUUAUAAAGCGAGCAGAGUAGCAUUUGGCACAGAUACAGUGUGAUGUUAACGGAUGUUUUCUGACUGUAAGACUUCCUUUAGCAGCUGUUUGAAAUAUUUACAGGAUUUCUGGGAGUUUGAGUCAUGUUUAUUAUGUUGUGUGUGUGUGUGUGUGUGUGUGCCCCCCCCCCCCUCCCUCCUCCUCCUCUAACACCUUAAUAACACUUUGAUUGGAGCAUUUAGAGAGUUUUGAUUGGAGCAUUUAGAGAGUUUUGAUUGGAGCAUUUAAAAGGUAAAAAAUGUACUGAGGCAGUAUCCUGUGGUCUGAGGCAGUAUGACUGUCUCAUGAUCACUGCUGAAACUAUAGGACACGUUCCAGGUCAACUAUAUUGCAGUCGAUGCAUUAUUGCAUUGACCAACGGUUGCGUGCAGUCGGGUAUCGGAUUGGUAUAACGUGAUGUGGUUUUAACUAACAUGUUAAACACCGAUCCCGCUGUUAUGAAAUCUGGCGUCUGAAAUGUAGUCGGCCUGGAACGCGUCCGUUCGUCUUCCUGUUAGUGAGUGUGGUGUUGCCCGUGUCCGAAGGUUCUCUGCAGUCGGCCUGGAACGCGUCCGUUCGUCUUCCUGUUAGUGUUGGCUGUACGUGUCUGAAGGUUCUCUGCAGUCGACCUGGAACGCGUCCGUUCGUCUUCCUGUUAGUGUUGUGUUGCCCGUGUCUGAAGGUUCUCUGCAGUCAGCCUGGAACGCGUCCGUUCGUCUUCCUGUUAGUGUUGUGUUGCCCGUGUCUGAAGGUUCUCUGCAGUCAGCCUGGAACGCGUCCGUUCGUCUUCCUGUUAGUGUUGUGUUGCCCGUGUCUGAAGGUUCUCUGCAUGCCUGUGUGUUUAUGAACGUCCGAUUCCUUAAGACUACAAUCAGAGCAGGAACGCACCCCUAUCCCCUAUCUUGGGCACUACUUUUGACCAGUCCUAUAUGCCCUAGUCAAAAGUAGUGCACUAUGUAGGGGAUAGGGUGCCGUUGGGGAUGUUGCAGCCUGUGUGUGUGUGUGAGUACAGAACAUAUAUGUUAGGAAACAUGUUUGAAAUUUCUGCAUGACAGUGACAAUUUUUGAUAAACUUACUCUUUUAAAACAAAAAAACUUCUGAGGAUUUGAAGUACGGAUGAAACUAAAACACUUGGAUUUGUUUCCGGACUCUGGGUGUCCUGACUCAUCGUCAGUCUCCCAAAUGGAACCCUAUUCCCUAUCUAGUGCACUACUUUUAACCAGAGUCUUAUGUGCUUCCCUAUGUGCCAUGGGUUGAAUGUAGUACACUUUUUUUUUUAAAGGGAAUAGGGUCCAAUCAGCAUCCAGGAUCCAAAACAACCCGUUUUAUAACGGUUGUUAUUCUACUUGUACAGUUUGAUAUUCCUUCCUGUUCUGGGUCGAUAACAGAAACACCAACUCAGUAUAAAAAGGUCUGGACUGAGAGGAUCUCUAUCUGAUAAACUAUGGCGGUGUACCAAAUGGGACCCUAUUCCCGAUCUAGUGCACUACUGUUGGCCUGAUCAGGCUACGGAAUAGGGUGUCAUUUUCAGACUUUAAUAUAAACAACAAUCCAACUCAAAUGUGACUAUUUUAUACAAGGAGUUGAAACCAGCCUAAUGACUUUGCUGAGUGUGAUGUUAGAGUUUGAUACCAGAUGUGAUAUUGUGCUUGUAAAUACAUUAUGAAGAGAAUCGUUUCUUUCUCAACUUUGAUGGAAUUUAAAACUACGCUUUUCAAGAUUAAUUUUUGGGAGCCAAGAUGAGUCUGUUAUCAAAUGAACAUUUGUAUGGGGAAAAAAUUAAAGUUAUAAUUUUAACAUUGAA